AUGUUUCAGCUGCCUAUCUUAAAUUUUAGCCCCCAGCAGGUUGCGGGGGUUUGCGAGACCCUGGAAGAGAGCGGGGACAUUGAGCGCCUCGGUCGCUUCCUCUGGUCUCUGCCCGUUGCCCCGGCAGCCUGCGAAGUUCUCAACAAGAAUGAGUCGGUGCUUAGGGCGCGGGCAAUCGUGGCCUACCACACCGGGAAUUUCCGAGAACUUUACCACAUCCUGGAGAACCACAAGUUCACCAAAGAGUCUCACACUAGACUGCAGGCCCUGUGGCUGGAGGCGCAUUACCAAGAGGCAGAGAAGCUGCGGGGCCGCCCGCUAGGGCCAGUGGACAAAUACAGGGUGCGGAAGAAGUUCCCUCUACCCAGAACGAUAUGGGACGGAGAGCAAAAGACCCACUGCUUCAAGGAGAGAACCCGACAUUUGCUACGAGAAUGGUACUUGCAGGACCCUUACCCGAACCCGAGCAAAAAGAGGGAGCUCGCGCAGGCUACUGGACUUACUCCCACACAAGUCGGAAACUGGUUCAAAAAUCGUAGACAAAGGGAUAGAGCCGCGGCUGCGAAAAAUAGGCUACAGCAAGGGUUGUCCCAAGGCUCGGUUCGGUCUUUGGCAGAUGAUGAUGGAACCGUCGAUCGACUCGGUCCCGCCUCCAGCCCCGAGGCAAGUUUGUCGAGCAAAGCCGCCACCUCGGCUAUCUCUAUCACUUCCAGCGACAGCGAAUGUGACAUCUAA